GAAGGAACAAAGAAAAAAAGUAAAAAAAAAAAACAAUAUAAAAAUUAUUAAAAAUAAAUAAAAAUGAUCCAUAAAAUUAUAUUUAUGAUUUCACUGAAUAUUAUCUUUAUCAUAGUUAUCUCCGUAAUAAAGACAAGCGGUCUUCAAUGUUAUGAAUGCAUUACUGACAGCGAUGAAAACUGUCUUUUUCAUCAGAAAAUAAAAAACUGUUCUCGUUAUGAAAACACUUGUAUUACCGUUUCCUAUGGCUACGAAAUAGAAGGUCCAGAUUUUAGCUCAUAUGAAAGUUUUUUUGAAAAACAAUGUCAUAACUCUUUAGCUGAAAGUUGCUUUCAUAGACGCAGGGUUUAUGAAGAGACUGGGAUCAAAAAACCAAAGGUAUCGUGUUGCAAGACUAAUCUGUGCAAUAAAGCUGUUAAAGAAAUCAACUUUUUAAAAACCUACAAAAAUCAAAAUUUAAAAUUGUCACCAAAACUGCCCAUUAUUUUUUUAGUAAUAUUAUUUUUAUUUGAAUUCUUCUAACUUAUAUUUAAAUAUUAGCAAUAAAGAAAACAUACAGUUUAAAGUUUUAGUCCAGCAUGAAAUGAAAAAAUUAAUUUUUAUAUCAAUUUGAAAAUAACAAAUUCACUAAAUCUUUUUAGUGAACUUAUCAUUAUAAAAUAAUU